UUAAAACAGCUUCUCAGCUUCCUUUUAUUAAAAACACAUCCACCAAAAUGUUCAAAUUCUUGAUCCUUGCCUCAGUCAUCGCCUACGCCUCAGCUGCUCCUGGAGUCGUUGUUGCUGCCCCAGUUGUACAUCAUGCUCAUCAUUCUUACGUAGCACCUGCACAUGUUGUUCAUGCUGCUCCAGUUGUCCAUGCUGUGCACACUCCAGUUGUAACUAAGACUGUUGUUGCUCCAGUUGCCACAAGCCAUCAAUCUAUUGUUCAACAUCACUCACCUGUUGUUCACAAAACUGUUGUCGCUGCUCCCGUUGUCCACAGUGUCCCAGUUGUCAAGACUGUGCAUGCUGCCCCUAUUGUACACGCUCCAGUUGUUCACAGCGUUCACCACGCCGUCCCAGUUGUUAAAUCUGUUCAUGCUGUCCAUGCUGCUCCAGUCCUUGUUCAUCAUUAAGUUGUUACAAAUUGAAUUAAAACUGAAAAAAUAGUCAAAAAAAUAAAAUGGAAUG